AGGGCCAUGGUGAGCUGACUCCCUAAUGGUGUUGUGAUGUGGUUCACUGGGCUUGCCCAUUACACAUUUCAGAUCAAAUAAGCUGGCCAAGUAGCUUGCACAAACCACAAAUGAUCCAGCUUGAUUGUGUGCAGAGCUUUAGAGCAGUCAACUCCCACACUGCCACAAGGCUAAGCAACAAGGACAGGAAGCUCUGUGGCAAAUAAACAUGGACAUAAUUGGCGGCAUCCUUAAAAUGUGCCUCAUUGUCGACUUCUCCUUCCGAGGAGAAAUACCUGGUGUCAGAGGAUUUAUCAAGGUACAGAAUCUACCAGCUACUGUAACAAUAAAAGAAGACACUCCUGCAGGAGUUGCUAUCUUCAACUUUUCAGUUGUUGCAACAAGUACUGAAAUUACAUUAACUCCGAAAAUAGCAAAUACCAAUCCAGUCAACAACUUCUUUGCUAUCUCAAUUAUAACUGACAUGUACUUGGAGGUGACGGUCUCAGACAAUCCUGGACUGGACUACGAAACUCAAUCCAAUUACGUCCUGUUAAUCUAUGUUACAGAUAAUAAGGGAUAUUCAGACUUUGGAACACUUACAGUUUUAUUAAGUGAUGUUAAUGAGCCCCCAAGAUUCCUGGAUAAUCUUGCAAAUGGAGUUGUAUAUGUUGACUUUCUGGAGAAUUUAGCAGUUGGUGCAAUUAUAUACGAAGUUCAAGCAAUUGAUCCUGACAGGGAUGACAAUAUUCUUUCUUACUCAGUAAACUCCUCUUUGGUUACUAUUCAUCCCAGUGGGAAAAGUGGGGCAAUUCUUGCAGCAAGACCAUUUCAUUAUGAAGAAGAUUUUCACAGAUUCAUUGUGUUAGUGACUGUGAAGGACACAAUAGGUAAUAGCAUCUCUGGGAUUGUGGUGGUUACUUUAAUUGACACAAAUGACAAUUGGCCCAUCUUUAAGCUAAAUGAAACAAUAUUUGAAAUGUCGGAAGAAACACCCCCAAAUUCAGUAAUCGGAAAAGUUACAGACCAUGGUUUGGAUGAAGAUGGUGUAUUAAGCAGUUUGAUUUAUGUUAUGAGCACUACAAAUCAAUACUUCACUAUUAACUCAGUCACAGGUGAACUGAUUGUGUCAGCAAUAAUUGACAGAGACAGUAGCCCUUUCCGGACUGUUUCAACUCAACAGUUUGAAGUUGUUGCUAAAGACAGCCUUUCUGGACGGCAUGCAGCUUCAAUGACAGUAAUAGUUAUCAUAAGAGACAUCAACGAUAACCAGCCCUUCUGUUUCCCACAUGCACACAGCAUCCAGAUACCAGAAACGAUUGAAAAGGGUACAACAGUUGUUACCAUAUCCUGUGCAGAUAAUGAUGUGGAUCUUGCAAACAGCCAGUUCACUAUUUCACUUCAGCCUGCUCUCAGGACUGCUGGAAGAUUUGCUCUGGAUGGGAAGAAUAAUGAUACUAUUGUGGUUAUUGGUAACUUGGACUUUGAAGCAACCUCUCAUCUUGAGGAUAACAAUGUUUAUGUGAUGUCAGUAGUUGUCACAGAUAAAGCUCAUCCACAUUACCAGGAUACAGUGACUGUAUAUGUCACAGUCAUACCAGUCAAUGAAUUUAAUCCUUCAUUCACCCAGACAUCUUACACUUUCAACAUAUCCGAAUUCAGUGAAAUGGGAACAAAGAUUGGACAAGUGCUUGCAGAGGACAAAGAUCUUCCAAGCCUUGAACUUAUUUAUUCACUUGUAGGAGGGGGAAGCACUCUAGGCUAUAGUCAAUUAUUUUGGAUGAACCCAGCCUCAGGGGAACUACACCUUGUGGCUCAACCAGAGUAUGAGCAAACUGCACAGUACCUUCUGACAGUACAAGCUGUUGAUAAAGACUCCAAUGAUCCAAAGGCUGCUACAGCUACUGUCACAGUUAAUAUUCUUCCGGCCAAUGAUAAACCACCUGACUGUCUUCCAAAGUUUUAUUCUCUGAUGAUUCUCGAUGACACUGCUGUGGGCACAAACAUUCAAGGGUUUCAUUUGGCCUGUACAGACCAGGAUUCCUCCCCUCAGUCUUUCCGUUACUUCAUAACUUCAGGUAAUAUCAACAACCACUUUAGACUGUCUCCCAGUGCUGGAUCGAACAUCUCUAAACUGAUACUUGCCCUACCUUUUGAUUAUACACACGGUGUUGACAGAGUCACAAACUAUAACCUUCUAAUUCAAAUAACCGAUGAUAACCUACUGGCUGGAAGCAAAAAGAGUAAUAUUGUACAAACAGGGAGAGUAAAGAUCAACGUCAGAAUUAUUAUCCCUACACCCAGUACUCAGAAAACCACUACAACUCCCAAUAUAACCUAUAUCAGACUAUCGCAAAACACCUACCAAACAGACUCCUGGUACAUACCAUUCAUCAUCACUUUGGGUUGUUUAUUACUGCUUGGAAUGCUGGGAUACAUAGCAUAUCUUUAUAUAAACUACAUCCGCUCUAUACCAAAAUCAAAAGUCGAGAAAAAGUCAUUGGUGGAAGAAAAAGAACCCAAGUCAAAGAAGCAACACAAUGUGAUUUUGGAAAUGAUUACACGCAACACAAUAUUUGAUGGAGAAGCUGUUGAUCCAGUCACAGGCAAUGUGUACCAAUAUAACACAAACUCUGGAGCCAGACGUUGGAAGGAUACCAAGUUGCCCAUGAAAGAAUAUGGAAAUGUUCGAGAUGCAACUCCUAACUUAAUGUCCAAUAUCAACAACAAGACAAACUUCACACAAAAUAGCAACAUGAAUGAAGUGCAUGUGGACCAGAUUGAUAAUCAGAAGACUGACUAUGACCGAACAUCCCUGAGACCACCUUCAAAGUUCAGAAAACAAAACAAAGUCGUAGCACGACGACUAGAACCAUCUCAAACUCUCAAUUCUUUGUCUAAAGUUUCACUAAAAUUAAUGUAAUACGAACACAGAGUCUUUCACAAAUAGUUUGAUUGGUUGUAUUGUGGAGCAUUUCUUGAUGCAACUUCAACUGAUAUUUGAAUCUGUCAUUUCUUUGAAAAGCCAAGACAAUUUGAAUAAAAUGUCUUCGAUGUUUGCAUAGUUUAGUCUAGACAGAUGGGUUUAGUAAGCUUGGAUUUAUUUAUGGCGUUACAGAGUUAAAAAUACAUCAGAAGUUAAAUACUGAGAGAGCAUUCAAACUAGGGAGCGGUUUGACAAACUUCACUGUUGUUUCUCCUGAGUUGAAGCAUGUGGUAACAUAAGCAAGUGAUAAUAACUUGCAUUUAUGUAGUGUGUUUAGCAUAACAAAAGUAUGCUAUAUUAAUUACAUCUUUAAGCAGUAUUUCUAGGUCUCCACUAUCUUUUAAUUUAAUAGUUAGCAUAAGAAAAUCUCAAUGUCAAAACAAAACUCAAUGUGCUCCAUAUCCACCAAUAUGUUUAAUCUCAAGUGUGUAGCUACUUCUUUCCUCAGUAUCAAUAAUUUGACAUGUUACUCAUUUGUUUUGCAAUAGUGACGUACCUGAGGGAAGAUUUUAACUCCCCUACUUUUUAGAAUCUGGGCACAAUGGGUAAACAAAUUGUUGUCAUCAAUCUGUACAACACAUAUCAAAUUGCGAUUGCUUUUAUGUAAAAAAAACUGAGCAAAUCUUUCAUGCUUACAACAACUUACAAGUUUUUCUGAAUUAAUUUUCAGAUGAUUGCUGCAGUGUUAUUGUUUGUGCUGGCAACUUAAUUUUAAAUAUUAUUGGGCUGUUAUGUAAUUAACAAAUUGUGAUGAGGAUCUUUUCAGAACUGAUCUGUGUUAUGACUGAACAUUUAUCUGAAGCCUAGAAAUGUUAUGGAACUGCAGAAUGUGUUCAUUUGUCUUUGCUAAAUAAUAGCUCAGGUAUUCCAGUGGACAGAUAAUUGUUGGAGCAGCAAGAGUUCGGACCACACUGAAUUCCUAACCCAGUGGACUCCAAGGGGAUAGCCUUGGAAACUUCAUUUUGAUAGCAAUUUCUCUGUGUCAAAGACAGGGAGAAAGUGAGGAUUGCAGAUGCUGGAGAUCAGAGUCAAGAGUGUGGU